AUGCGAAAUGCGAAAUCGUUAAAUGAAAAUGAUUAUGAAUUGUAUUUGUUGCCGAACGACGUCGUGGAACGUGGCAAAUGGUUAGCUGCAAUUCGAAAAGGAAGGCCAGAUUUCACGAUACCCUCCGUACCGUCAUUGUCAACUCGCAACAAAUUUUACGUUUGUGAAAGGCAUUUUUCAACUAAGAAGUUCGACAUACCCGUAAAACGUUUAAUGCCAAAUGAUAAUGAAAACUCUUCAUCAAACACUGAAACAUCCGACUCGGAUUCGGAUGAAGAAAUAAUCCCAGAGGAGACAACUUUAACGGCUGAGCAGAAAGAGAAGUAUCGAUCCCUGAUGACAAUUGUGUUGGAACGGAGACCAAUGUUCAAGUGUUUGGUGCGGUGUUGUCCAAUCACGAAUCAUUUGGUUAAACCGGAUCAACUUCGACCUUACACCUUCUUUGAAUUACCACGUAUCCCAACAGUUCGAGCGCAUUGGUUGGAUGCAUUGUAUUUGUCUGAUUCUGCUUUCGAAUUUCCACCGCCAUUGAUUGGAUGCGGUAAAUAUGCAGUUUGUGAACGACAUUUCUGUGUUGGGAAGUUGAAUGCGAGCACAUCUCGAAAAGUGCCUUUCUCUGUGAUACCAACUGUGAAUUUAACACCACAAAGUGCUCGGAAUAUUCAGUUGGACGCUAAAUUGCCUCCGUCUCAAACAACGGCGCUACGAAUGAAAGCAAUCUCGAGGUGUAUGAACAAUCACAGCGAUCAGCAGCUGAAACGCGAAAUGAGAGCCUUGUUCACAAGAUGGUGUUGUCGUGAGGUACCCGAAAUCCACAAGAUCAUCGCUCGUUUAUCAUGCAAAAUCGAUCGUCUCCAUGACUUGGUUGUUCGAUUGUGCGGUGUUUAUGGAGUUGAGCCAGUGUUUCCAGCAGAAUUCGAUGCAUUGGAAGAUGAUCGUGUUUAUGGCAGGAAUGCGGUGGUGGGUUCGUUGAUGCCGAAUGCAUCAGAAGCACUCCAGUUGGAAAAAGCACUCGAAGGGUUGAUUGCUAUCACAGCGAAUGUGACCACUGAUAACAAAUCACAGGCCGCUGAAGUAAGUAAUGGACGUGAUCAAGGUUCGUCGUUAUUGCAGAAGUCAGUAGAAAUAGAUGAACGAAAUGACGAAGUCAGCAACGACGAUGGUGAGGUACGUUUUGAGGGUAUGAGCCAUCUGGAGAAACAAAUAGUGACAAUGAACAAUGAAGGGGACGUUUUGAAGACUUCGGAAAGUGUACAUUCUCAGUCAAGUGCUGGAAGAAGUUUAUCGCCGAACAGUGCAACAGGACGAGUUGGUGCGACUUUCGAUGACAGUAUUACUGCUGAUUGGAGUGGUGGUGUGAGCGGAGAAUCAUCAGUCGAUAAACUGGAAGACAUAAUAAUUUUGCGAGAUUCAAGUGAUGAAGAGGGAGACGGCAUUGAGCAGCAUUCGUCUAAUCAGUACUGCACGAAUGAUUCAACAAAUGAGCAAGAGAAGAGUGAAAAUAGCAGUGGAGGGGAUGUCUCGGCGGAUGAUGAUGAGAAGGACGAGGCAGAUGCAACGUCUGGGUGUGACGAGUUAACUUCGGAAUGGAAUAAUGUUCAGUCGCGUACGGAAAGACAAGAGUCAAUCAAUGGCACGGAUAUGAAUGGUGGGGCGACGAUAGGUGCAGAAGAUGAAAUAGCACCAUCGUUGUCGCCACAUGUUGAAGAUGGACCUCCGCUCCUCUUUACUGAGGUUUGUUUGGGUUUUGAUUUGGGAGCAUUGUUCGUUGUAUGCGGUGAAUGGUUUAUUGAUAAAGGGAUGUCAUUAUUGAAUCCAGCAUCGAUCUCGCUGGGUGGAGAUGACGAUGUGUUGGACGAUAGCAGUGUACCGAUCGUUGGUGCAAGUGUGGUGAUCGAACAGGAUCAAGACCCUGAUCAAAUGAUGGAUGAAUCGGCGAUCGGAAAUCAUUCUGGUGGUGGAGCGCGGAUGCAAGUCGAUGAGAAUGGUGGUGAGGAGACACUAGAAGAUGACGACGACGAGGAGGCCGAUUCAAUCGAGGACUCGAUCGAGGAACAUCUCUCGAACAUUCAGCACUUACAACAUCCACAUCAACAGCAAGAAACAAUAAUUACGGUGCCACAAGGAAUGCUACUUGAUGAACAGGAACUGAGGAAUGGUACUGCUGCACAUAAGUCUGGCAUGGUUGUUGCCUCGAUGGGACGCAUUCAACCUAAACCGAGUGAGUUGCUUCGAGCAACUCUAGACUCUUUGAGAGAGUAUGAAACGCAGGGAACAACGUACGUGCGACGCAUUCCAGUCGAGAAGAUCACACCACAGUUGUAUAUGGAUUUUGUGACCGAAAUGACAGGUGGUCAGGUGCAUACAACCGAUCCGGAAUAUCGCGAAGUGCUGGACGCGUUGUUGGAUGGCAACGAGUUUUCGGUAGUGGCGUGCGAUAUGAACGAUGAGAUAUUGGGUCAUUUGGAUUACGUGAUGAUGCAUCAGCCAUCGAAACGUUUCGUGCUAUUGCCGGAACAACGCGAUCGUGUUAUCGAAGCGUGUGUGGAACGUUUCAGAAAUGAGCAGCACCCCAUUGGUGCUUCCCUUCAGUACAUCCAGAAGAACUAUCUCGGAUUCCCGCCCAUCAUAAGGUUGCGCAAUAUACUGUUGAAUUGUUUGGAACGCUUGGGAGGUGGUUCACCGUCAUUUGAGGGUAAUAUCAGUAGAUCGUCACCAGCUGGGAGUAUGGGCCACAGCAAUGAGAUGGUUGCCAAAGAGUUGGUAGGUGCUAAUGAAGCGUAUACGAAUAUGAAUAAUACGCAGCAAGCUGCAAUGAUGAGUGCUGGCAGCAGUGACGACAUCAAACAACGCAGAUCGAAUGUGGUGAAACCAGUGAAAUAUUCAGGCAAAGAAGUGCUUUCAGCGGCGCCAAUGGUAACCUCAGACUUACCGAUACCAGAUAAUCAGUACGAUACGCUGGCACAGAUUCUGGCUGGUAAAAUGAACAUUGAGGAGGUGAAAGAUUGGAUGCUUAGAGAAGCGAUCAAAGCACGUUUGAAUGGCGAGUUAACUGCGGAGUAUUGGAAUGAACCAGGUGAAUUUUUGCCAGCCGGUUGGCGCAUUCGUAUGCGAGAUUCAAUGAAGAUUUUGCCACGUAAAGGUGAAGUCGAAGAGAUCUGGCGUCGUUGUUACGAGAAAUUGGGCGAGACAUAUAAUCAGAAGCAAAUAUUGGCUUAUUUGGAAGAGCGAUAUGCGGGCGUUGCAACGAAGUCGCGUUUGCGAGUGAUCAAUAAGGAUCAGAUCCUCAAAGGCAGUCGUGUGCAGUUCCCAUCCAAACCGAAGUGUCUUGGCAGCAAGCCGAUGCAGUACGUUCAGAUCGAUAUGAUCGAGAUGGAUAGUUCGGAAUACGGAGAUCGGUGCUACAACAUGGCACUGUUGGUGACAGAUCUUUAUUCGCAGUACGUAUUCGGUAGAGCGUUAUCGGAUUCAUUAGACCCAUCGCUACUCGUCAGGCACUUAAUGGACAUCUUCGGUGCUUUCGCUCCGCCAGAGGCAUUUCGCUCGUACACGAACCAUCUUGUGAUUGAACACGUAAUGAGCGAUAUUGAGAAGUUGUUCAAGAUCCAGAUCAAGAAUGUUGGACAGGGGGUGAUGAAUUACUUCAAUCUACGUACGAGUAUGUACAAAAGAGCUGAAGAGGAGUUGGGAAGUCGUGAACGAUGGGUGGAGGCAUUACCAUUUGCUGUCAUCGAAUACAAUCAGAAACCGUUGCGAGGUUUUGGAGAUGUCAGAAUUUCACCAUUCGAGAUAAUGUUUGGUCGACGACCGUGGAAAGAUCAGACAGUUCCACCGUGGAUCAGCAAUACCGAAUAUGGGAAAGGAUCUGAUGACGAGGACGAAUUCAAUACGGAACGCAAACGUGCGAUCGAGAGUAUUGGUGGACACUCGGAACUCGGUGGUGAAGGUGUGGAUAAGAGUACGUUAGCACAGCAACAACAGUUCAAAAAGGUGCCCAAACCAGAUCCGGGUGCAACGCUAGCGAAUAUUUAUUUGGGUGAGAUGGCUGAGAAUCGCGGUAAGAUAUCGUUCGUAAUGGGCAAAUAUCCACCGAAAUACGAUGAAAAUGGGCGAAUCACUGAUCCAGGCACUGGAUAUAUAUAUGAAAUUGGCGAUCAUGUUUAUAUGCGUAAUGUAAUUCAUCGUGAUUUCUUCCACAAGUCACGUAAACGCUCCAACAUACCACGUUAUUUCCGUGCAACAAUAAUCGAAAUCGAUCACGAGAAUCCAGAUUUCAUGUAUCGCGUUCUCUUUUGGGAUGAUAUCCCAAACCUCGAUUCACUUCCUGAAGAUCACUGGCCUGAUCAAAACGAAGAGUGUCUCUGUGCCUGGGUGAGUCCAUUCGAUGUGACUGCAAGUACACCGGAUCUUGGUAGGCGUCGUAAUAUUGUGAAGAAACGUGAAAUGGAAUAUCAAUGCAAAUGUGGAUAUGAUUUUUGCGAGUUGGUGUAUAGUGAGAAGUGUCCAUUCAAAAUGUCACAAGCUUGUUGCAAUCGACGCAAAAUGGAUUGUCCGUAUCAUAAGAGGCAAGUUGAACCGCCGCCACCACCGAAAAUGCCUGAAAUCAAGAGGAAACCGUUGUUGCCGGCGACGAUUAGCGCUGAAGAUUUGGCGAAAUUGGCGAGCGGUAGUAAAGACUCGAAAUGGCUGUAUCAAGAUGGACGUCUGAUAGAGAUUCCAGAAGGAACUUCAUUUGUAGAGGCACGGAUCGGCCUACCACCACCUCAACAACCGUUAUCUGCAGCCGCGUUGUUGAGAAGUGGCACUGGACGUGCUCCACUGCUGUCGACCAGUCACGGUACACCGCGAUCCAUCAAUCGCAACCUACCACCGAGCGCAAAAAGAGCUCGUCUCGAAGAUGACGAUUUCGGUGAUCUCGAUUUAGGACCAAUUACUGAGUCGAUGCCUCCUCGAUCUCAACUUCGUGUAUUCCAAUCAACACCAACUCCAUCGAAUCGCAUGCGCUACUUCAGUCAACCAUCCAGCGGAGCGAUACGUUUCAUGCAAACCCCGCAGAAUAACGGCUCUGCAGGUGCCUCACGACGUACAACGCCGUCCAAUGUUACCGCCCGUACACCAACAACACGAGUGACACGUUCGUCUGCUGCAGCAGUUUCGAGAAUUGUCCAGGAGACAGUGCCGCCAUCGAAACCUGCAAGAACGACCAGAAAUAGUGGUAGCGGUAGUGCAGUCAAGCAGAAAUCCGUAACGGACACAUCGGAGACAACUGCAAGAACAACACCAAUAACGACAGUAGCUGCAUCCACUAUAACAACACCCUCACCACAAACAGCAAAGGCUACGGGCAGUGGCAAAGGAGGAAAGCGUGUCUCAGCACCACCGAAGCGAUUGAGUCCGUCACCGCAGGGUCAAAAGUGA